GUGUCUAUUCUAUAACUGGUCUAAGGCUGCAACACACUACUGUAGCGUCAAUCUGUCACAGUAGAUUUCACUCUUAUUAUUAAUAUAAGAGUUUGAUCAUUUAUGAUCCUAGUUUCUUAUUAAUGCUUGAAAUGAAUUCAAAUAUCACGUUAAUAUCAGAAUCGAAGCAGUAUUUUCAUAUAAAUAUUUCUGUAAAAAAUGCGAUAUCGAUAGCAAAUAUUCUUUCGAUAUCGACAAAAGUCUUUCGACAUACGAUAAUAUCGGAAAUAUCGAUAUUCAUUGAUAUCGAUAAUAUCGGAACAUCCCUAACUGUGUCGUGGUGUGGUGAGGUUAUGUCAAAUUUUUGACGGUAUUCUUAUUAUUAUUGCAUCGUUCAUUAUUAAUUUGUGCUUUAGAUAGAAUAGCAGUCAACGAUUUAUUUAUCCAGUAUGGCAGGAGAAGUUGUUGUUGAUGCUCUUCCUUACAUUGACCAGGGCUAUGAUGAACCCGGUGUCCGAGAAGCAGCUAUGGCAAUGGUUGAAGAGGAAACGAGAAGGUACAGGCCAACUAAAAAUUAUCUAGAACACCUGCCGCCGUUAAACUUGAAUUCCUUUGAGACUGAAAUGAUGCGAAACGAAUUUGAAAGGAUGCAGCAACGUUUACCAAUGGAUGUACUGAGUAUGAAGCGUUACGAGCUCCCUCCUCCUCCUGCUGGUAAAAUGACUGACUUGGCCGCCUGGAACGAGUGUGUGGAGAAUUCAAUGGCUCAGCUAGAACACCAGGCUACCAGGAUAUCUAAUUUGGAUCUGAUGUUGGAGUUUGGUUGUGAAGCUUGGAAAUCCUAUUUGGAGCUCCUUGUCAAAUGCGUCUCUCAAGCACAAAAACAAGUUCAGGCCUUGAGGAAAGAAAUACAAGAAAUCAAUUGGCAGAGGAAGAACAUGCAGAUGCAAGGUGGCGAAAAACUGAAGAAAUUGGAAGCUAUGUGGGUGGGUCUAGUCAGUAAAAACUAUGAAAUCGAGCAGGCUUGCGUACAACUCGAGAAAGAAAUCGCCGAGAAUGGAAUUGAUUAAUCUCAUUUUUUUGAAAUUAAAAUUAUACAAUUAAGACUUGAAAUGUAAGUUUUUCAAUUUACAGUAUUUCAUAGGAUUUUUAAGAAAACCAUUUUCUAAGUAGGAAGGACAUUCUUGUCAACAAUGCAAUUAAAAUAAAAAAAAAAUGAAUAUGUAA